AUGGUUAAAGCAUUAAUAGCAGUGACAUCGCAUCAUGAUACAUUUUACGAGAACGGGUCCAAAACAGGGGUAUUUGUGAGCGAGGCAUUACACCCAUUUUUGGUAUUUAAAGAAAACAAUAUUGAAUCAGAUUUUGUCUCUGAAAAUGGAACCUUUGGAUAUGACGUAAACUCGCUUGAUCCUAUGUUUCUUAAUGGAAAAGAUUUGGAUGUAUUCAAUAAUAAAAGUUCCGACUUCAAUGUCUCAAUUUCAAAUAUGAAAAAGGCUUCGCAAAUAAAUCCAGACGAAUAUCAAAUUAUAUUUUUUCCUGGAGGCCAUGGUACAGCUUUUGAUUUUCCCCAAGCCGAGGGGUUGCACAAAGUUGCUCAGAAUAUUUGGAAGAACAACGGCAUAAUAGCUGCUGUUAGUCACGGUUCCAAUAUUUUCGAUGGAUUAUACGACCCAGAAAACCCCAGUAAAUUAUUGGUUGAAAGCAAAACAAUUACUGGAUUCACCCAUGAGGGAGAGGAAAUUAUUGGUGUUGAUCGAACGUUGAAAAAAGAUCAUCUUGGUUCGAUUGAAGAAUUAUGUAAGAGAUUGGGUGCAAAUUUUAGUCGGCCAGAUGCACCUUUUGAAGAGCAUGUAGUAACUGAUGGCAGAAUUAUAACAGGCUCUAAUCCAGCGUCUGCAGUAUCUACAGCACUUAAGGCUGUUGAAUUAGUGGGGUCAUGA